UCCACUCCACGUGGUUGUUCCCCUGCUCGUUUUGUGCGUGAUCUCUUGCAGGCUUUUCCUUUGUCUCAGGGGAAUUCCAGGAUCGCGGUGUGGAGACGUUGCUGCUUCGGAGAUCGCAGCUUGUGAGGCAGGGACGCUGCUGGCCACUUGGGCUGGGAUCGACGAUGCCAAAACGAGGGAAGAAGAAGGAUGAUGGAGUCCUUCCGGAGGAGAAGGAGGAAGUGGCAGAGCCAGAGCCUAAGAAGGCUAAGAAAGGCGGAGCUAAGGUUGAGAAAGAGGCUGAUGGCCCAAUCAUGUACCAGGAUCCCCCUGAUAAACUCUCCUCUUCUGGUGGCAAGAAGUACACGUUGAAGGUCACUUCCUGGAAUGUUGACGGGAUCCGUGCCUGGAUCAAGAAGAAAGGCCUGGAGUGGGUGCGCGAGGAAGACCCCGACGUGCUUUGCCUGCAGGAAACAAAAUGUGCCGAGAAGCAGCUGCCCGCUGACAUCCGGGAUAUGGCGGAAUAUCCCCACAAGUACUGGGCGUGCUCAGAUGACAAAGAAGGCUACAGUGGGGUGGCCCUGCUCUCCAAAGUCAAGCCUAUUGAUGUCACGUAUGGUAUUGGUGAGGAGGAGCAUGACAAAGAAGGCCGUGUGAUCUCAGCCGAGUUCCCCUCCUACUUUCUCGUGACUGCCUAUGUGCCCAAUGCGGGCCGUGGGCUGGUGCGGCUGGAGUACCGCCAACGCUGGGAUGUAGCCUUCCGGUCUUACCUCCAAGGCCUGGCUGCCCGCAAACCCUUGAUCCUCUGUGGGGAUCUCAAUGUGGCGCACCAAGAGAUCGACCUCAAAAACCCCAAGGGCAACAAGAAGAAUGCGGGCUUCACUCCAGAAGAGCGGGCCGGCUUCGGCGAGCUGCUGAAAGCCGGCUUCUCUGACACUUUCCGUCACCUCUACCCUGACACUCCCUACGCUUAUACCUUCUGGACCUACAUGAUGAACGCCCGGGCCAAGAACGUUGGCUGGCGGCUCGACUACUUUCUGGUAUCUAACGGGCUGCUGGAAGGUCUGUGUGAUAGCAAGAUCCGCUCCAAGGGCCUUGGGAGCGACCACUGCCCCAUCACCCUGUAUCUGGCUAUGUGAUAGGGAAGGGGAGCAGAGCAGUGUAGGCCUGCCUAAGUGGGAGAAACUACACACCCUGACAUGGAUGUGCAAGAUUGUGUGUGCACACCCUUACAAUAGUAGUUUGACUUCUAUCACGGCAGGGAAUCCAGAGAUAACUGAAGCCAGCAGGGUUGCCAGCUCCUGACCUGGAAGAGGUCUCGUCUGAUAGUACAGACCUUGUUUGGAGAUCCAUGUGUUUCCUUCUUUCUCCGGCCUGCUACAGCAAGAAUGAGAUACAUGGAUGGACAAGAUGCAGGAGAACCCCUGCUGUCUCUUCCUCCCCCAAAACAAGUCAUGGGACUUCCGGCUCAGCGACGGGCAACCCUGUGUGCUAGGAUUCUCAACAUGGGGUGCCUGGAGGAGAGAGCCAGGGAGCCCCGGUUGAAUUUCUUGUUCCCAUAUAACAGACAUCCCUCAUCUACGUUUGCUCUAAAACAUCAAGAGAUCGCUAAUUUUUGUGUCAAACAUCUGCUUUUCCUUAAAUGCAUUCUUCCCUGUCUUCUGGUUUUAGGAGGCUCUGGUGUUGUAAGAAAGAGUUUCUGCAAAGAGCAUUAAACUUUCCUUUUUUUAA